UAAAAAGCCAGACCGAAAUGAAUCGAACGUAAACAUCCGGCAAAUACAUCUACUACUACUAAUUUCUUGACAACAGCCAGAUAUCCAUGCUAAUUGAUCAUAAAGUUUAAUUAAUUUUGAGCAUAUAGCUAUAUGUUUAAUCUAGCAUUUAAAAAGCUAGGCUGACAACGUAGGGAAGGUCGGCUUUAAAGAUUAAACAUUGUUAAUAAGAGAGUGCACAUGUCCGGUACAAAGACCGGCGUGUUUGUGGUUGCUCGCCAGAUCAGGCGGACUUUGGACCUAGCGAAGGACAACAUGACUCUGCUGAAGUGUGGCGUAUUUUUUGCGCUGGGAUGUUUCUUGUCCUACUACCUCGGUCUGUCCUGUGCCCUGACCACCUUCAUUGUGUUUGUGGUAUAUCUUGUCACGGGAGGUUGGCGUUUCACCUGGGUGGUCAUAAACACCCUUCCCAGAGAUUUAAAGGCUCUUCAGGUUUUAGUAAAGCUCAAACUUGAUACAAAAAAGUAUAUUGCCAAUGACACCACAAUAGCUGAAUUGUUCUCAAAGACAGCAGCCAAAUAUCCAAAUAAAGACUGUAUACUUUUUGAGAAGCAGCGAUGGACAUUCAAGGAUGUGGAUAUAUAUGUAAAUCGUGUAGCCAAUUACUUCCAGGAGGAAGGGUACCAGAAAGGAGAUGUUGUGGCCAUUUUGAUGGAGAACAGGCCCGAGUACAUCUGUUUCUGGCUUGGUCUAUCAAAGAUUGGAGCUGUUGCAGCCUUGAUAAACUAUAACCUCAGAAAUCAACCCUUGGCACACUCUGUUUCUGCAGCUGAAGCCAAAGGCUUUGUAUUUGCAGGAGAUUUGUCAACUGCUGUGGAAGAAAUAAUGCCUAGUCUAUCUAGAGAAAUAAAGCUUUAUUGUGUUGGAAGUCUAGUUAGUUCAGGACUUUCACCAAUUUAUAUGGAUCCAAUUUUACAGAAAAGUCCAGACUUUCCACCUAGGAAAGUAAGGGUUAAGUUUACAGAUAAACUUUUCUAUGUAUUUACAUCAGGAACAACAGGUCUUCCUAAGGCAGCAAUUAUUAGUCAUUCAAGAUUUAAUUACAUGGCUGUAGCAGUGAACCAGUUUAUGAACUUGACUGACCAGGAUGUGCUAUAUGAUUGUCUGCCCUUGUAUCACACUGCCGGGGGUGUGGUCGGGGUAGGUCAGAUGAUCAUAGCAGGAACAACGCUAGUUAUCAAAAAGAAGUUCUCUGCCAGCCGAUUCUGGGAUGAUUGUGUGGAAUACAAAUGUACUGCAGGACAAUACAUUGGGGAGAUUUGUCGAUACCUCUUGGCUCAGCCUGUCAAGCCUGUGGAGACUCAACACAAAGUCAGGGUGAUGUUUGGGAAUGGUUUAAAGCCACAGAUCUGGCAGGAGUUCCAGAAAAGAUUUGGGGUGACCCAUAUGGGAGAAUUCUAUGGGGCCACAGAAGGAAACUGCAACACAAUAAAUCCAGACAACACUGUUGGAGCAGUGGGUUUUACGACAAUGAUUGCCCCCUUCUUGUACCCCAUCACACUCAUCAAAAUUGAUGAAAGAACAGGGGAGCAUGUCCGAGACCGAAAUGGAGUGUGCAUACGAGCAAAGCCAGGUGAACCCGGAGAAUUAGUGGGUAAAAUCGUAAAAGGUGAUGCCUUGCGAGAAUUUGAUGGAUAUGUCAGUAAACAGGCCACAGAUAAGAAAGUGUGCUGUGAUGUGUUCAAGAAAGGAGACAAAGCAUUUUUAACAGGUGACAUUCUGAUUAUGGACGAGUUUGGAUAUUUUUAUUUCCGAGACAGGACAGGUGAUACAUUCCGCUGGAAAGGAGAAAAUGUUUCGACUUCUGAGGUGGAGGCUGUUAUCAGUAACAUCAUCAAACUUAGUGACGCUGUAGUGUAUGGGGUGGAGAUCCCAGGUCUGGAAGGAAGAGCUGGAAUGGCAGCCAUUGUUGAUGAACACAAUUCCUUAGAUCUGGAUCAUCUUUACUCAGCUCUACAGAAAUCACUUCCAGCAUAUGCUAGACCUCUAUUCAUCAGAAUCAAGAAAGCUGUAGAUACAACAGGUACCUUUAAACUGAAGAAGGUGGAUUUACGGAAAGAAGGUUUUAAUCCUAAUGUUGUAAAAGAUCCAUUGUAUUGUUUGAUUUCUGGAAGAUAUGAACGCAUCACAGAGCAAGUGUACAAUGACAUCUGCAGUGGAAAAAUUAGGCUAUAGUCCAAAUUUGUAGUUAUUGGCAGAAACCCACCAAUGACAUAAAUGUUUAUGUGACCAUAUGAUACUCAGGAAAUACUCUGGUAUUUCUACAGGAAAUAAAUGGUUGAACUUUCAGACAGGAAGGAAAUGAAUGGAGUGCAGUAAUUAAGUUAUUAACUGAUUGUGAGUGAAAACCAACCCUAUCUCAAGUAGAAAUUUAUUUAUUUUUCUAGAAUUUUUAAGAAUAGCAUGUUAAAGAGAAGCAUGUGAUGUGAGUAAAGUUGUUUGGAGAUUUUUGCUGGAGUUUUAUCUAGGAUUUUGUUCCUUCCUCAAAACCAAGAGUAAUACAAACCUAUACUAUUAUAUUGACAUCUACAUGAAAGUGCAAUUUCUUUUCUGUGUGAUAUUGCCUGAACAAAACCGUAAUUUGUUAAUUUUUUUUAUACAGAUAUCAAUACUUACCAGGGUACUUCUAUCAAAGUUUUUAACAGUCACCAAUUUCACAGAACUUGUUAUGACAAAAGUACAUGAUUUUCUAAAGUCACUUUGUUGUUAUGUAAUGGUUGUGUGAAUAUACAUGUAUUGAUGUGUG